UUAUCUAUUGCUGAUCUAUUGAUGGGAUGUUACUUAAUUAUUACUGCGUCGGCUAAUAUUUGUUAUGCCGGUCGUUAUCCUGAAAAUCUCGAACUUUGGCAGCGUAGUUGGGCAUGUUUAACAGCUUCUUUUCUAAUUGCGCUAUCAAGUUUAAUGUCAACAUUUAUUUUAUUUUUCGUAACUCUAGAUAGAUAUUUGUACUUAAUCUAUCCUUUCUCAGAUAAACGUAUAUCCUAUCCAGUAAUACUUACCAUUUUAAUUUUGCUCUGA